CGUUCAGUUUCAUUUUUCCAUCGCCAAAAGCAAGAUCGGUCGUGCGUUGCCAACGAGCUUUACCAGAACGCGUGUGUUUGAAAAUUGCCAGAAAAGUAGUGAUUUUCCGUUCAGCUUAACAAUUUCCUGCUGGAAACGGUGCCGAAAGGUGUGAAAAACGUAUCGAAAGUGGUUCUUCCCCCAAGGAAAACGGUUUUUCUGAGGUGUUUCGCGAGUGUUACUGGGGCUAGGGAGAAAAGCGCUGGAAGCUCUUCUUUUCCUUUUUCGCCUUUGCGUAAAAUCGUACCAUCCAAAAGGGAACAACGUUCUACUGACGAAUAAAAAUCGUUCCAUUUUUGCUAUCCCAUAAGCUGGAUUUCGACUAGAUUGGACUGAAAAAUUUGUCGCUAAGAUGUCCGUCAUUGGAAUCGAUUUCGGGAACGAGUCCUGCUACGUGGCCGUUGCCAAAGCCGGAGGAAUCGAAACCAUCGCCAACGAUUACAGCCUGCGAGCCACUCCAUCAUGCGUUGCAUUCGCUGGCCGAAAUCGUGUGCUUGGCGUGGCUGCCAAAAACCAGCAGGUGACCAACAUGAACAACACAAUCGGCGGCUUCAAGCGGCUGCUGGGACGCAAGUACAAUGAUCCGCACGUGCAAAACGAGUUACGGAUGAUACCGUACAAGGUGGAACCCCGGUCAGACGGCGGCAUAGGCAUAAGGGUGCACUACCAGGACGAGGAAUGCGUCUUCAGCCCGGAACAGAUCACCGCAAUGCUGUUCACCAAGCUGAAGGACGACUCGGCCAAAGAGCUGAAGACACAGAUCAACGAUUGCGUCAUCACGGUACCGUCAUUCUUCACCAAUGCCGAACGGCAAUCUCUUCUCGAUGCGGCCGGCAUUGCCGGUCUCAACGUGCUGCGACUGAUGAAUGAAACCACGGCCACCGCGCUCAGCUAUGGCUUCUACAAGCAGGAUCUGCCGGUGCCGGAGGAAAAGGCGCGCAACGUGAUCUUCGUCGAUUGCGGUCACUCUUCGCUCCAGGUUUCGGCCUGCGCCUUCCACAAGGGCAAGCUGAAGAUGCUGGCCAGCUGUGCCGAUCAGGUCGGCGGGCGGGACUUCGACUACGCCCUGGCGGAUCACUUCAGCAACGAGUUCCAAACCAAGUACAAAAUCGACCCGCGCACCAACAAGAGGGCCUUCCUGCGUUUGCUGACCGAGGUCGAGAAGCUGAAAAAGCAGAUGUCCGCCAACAGCACCAAGCUGCCGUUGAACAUCGAGUGCUUCAUGAACGAAAUCGACGUGCACUCGACGAUGCAACGGUCGAUCAUGGAGGAAAUGUGCGCCCCGUUGUUCCAGCGCAUCGAGGCCUGCAUGAAGAAGCUGCUGAAGGACUCUAAUCUGGGCCCGGAAGACAUACAUUCCGUUGAAAUUGUCGGUGGCAGCAGCCGAAUUCCGCAGAUCAAGCAGCUGAUCGAGAACAUCUUCGGCAAAACGGCCAGCACAACGUUGAACCAGGAUGAAGCAGUUUCCCGUGGAGGGGCUCUGCAGUGCGCCAUUCUGUCGCCGGCUGUCCGAGUCCGUGAAUUCGCUUGCUCUGAUGUUCAGGCCUAUCCGGUACUCAUCUCUUGGGAGGAUGGAACUCAACGAAAUGAGAUGAAGGUGUUCGAGCAAUACCACACGGCACCCUUCUCCCGCUUGCUGACCGUUCAUCGUAGAGAACCGAUGACAAUCAACGUUCACUACGAGGCAAACUCUGUUCCUUAUCCGGAUCCGUUUAUCGGUUCAUUCUUGAUCAAAGAUAUCAAACCCAAUGCCAAUGGGGACCCUCAGGAAGUGAAGAUCAAGGUGCGCAUCAAUCAGAACGGCAUUGUGCUGGUGUCCAGUGCAACGAUGGUGGAAAAGCGGGAAACCGAAGAACCAGUGACACCUCCGGCCACGAACAAUGGCGAGCAGCCAGCAAAUUCGCCGCAAGGAGAAGAGCCGGCUAAAGCCGGUGAACCCAUGGACAUUCAAGAGGGUAGCGAUGAUGAUGAGCAUACUAGAAAUGAUCAGUCUAAAUCCACCGAUGAUAACAGUGCAGGUGGAGGGAGUUGGACGCAAAGGGUCAGCAGAUGGUUUACCUCUUCGGACAAAAAGAAGAAGGUUACUACGAAGUCCUUCGAUCUGACUAUCGAUGGCAGAACGCAUGGUUUCGCCAGUACUGAGUUGUCCAAGUACUACGAAUUGGAGGUCAAAAUGAUUGCUAACGAUCGGCAAGAAAAGGAACGCGUCGAUGCCCGUAACGCUCUCGAGGAGUUCGUGUACGAGAUUCGAGGUAAAAUUCAGGAGGAUGGUGAACUUAGCGCCUACAUCGAACCGGAUGAUGCCUCGAAGCUGGGACUGACCCUGGAGGAUUUCGAGAACUGGCUGUAUGAGGAUGGUGAGAACUGCGAGAAGCAAGUCUACAAAGACAAACUGACACAGUUGAAGCAGCAAACCGAUCCGAUCAAGAUACGUUGCGACGAAUACAGCGGACACGAGCAAGCGUUCACCGAUAUGGGACACACGAUCCAGCUGACGAACAAAGCCGUGGAACAGUAUCGCAACAAGGAUCCCAAGUAUGACCAUCUGACGGAAACGGAAAUCCUCAACAUCAGCGAGGCGGCUCAAAAAGCACAAAAGUGGUACGAGGAGGCUCGAUCGAAGCUGGUGAGCGUGCGUAAGACGCAGGACCCACCCGUACGUGUUGCUGACAUCCGCCACGAAACGCAGACCCUGUACACCUGCACGAAUUCGGUACUAAGCCGACCGAAGCCAAAGCCGCCAACUCCCCCAGCAGACACCGGCAAGGAACAGCAGCAGAACGGAAGCGACAAGAGCAAGGACCAGAAACAGGACAGCACCGCGGACGGGAAUCCUCCCAAGGACCUGACCGAGGACAAGAUGGACGUCGAGUAAUCUGUAGUUAAUUCUUUGCGUUUGCGUUGAAAAACGACCCACUUAUGCAUAAUAACAUAGAAACCACACACACAUACAUAUAUAUUUUAAUUUACAAACUUUUCCUUCUGAAUGCGACGAUUACAUGAAUACGUGCGUGAUGCGAGAGAGUUAGAUUUGUAUAAAAGCCAAGCUUGUAUUUUUGUUUCACCUAUAAUAACACUUUCAAUAGGCGUUUAAUGUUUAAGGCUACAUGGAGAAACGAGAAAAACUGAUCUGGCAGAUAAUAGUUUAACUUAUCUAAUUAAUUAAACAAAUCAUAAUUGCUACUAGUUGCACUUGGAUAAAAUGAGAAUGAUACAAGCAAACAGCCUAAUACCUACACACUGCACUUUUGGACAACAACAAAAACGAAAACAAAAAAAAUCAAGCAAAUUUCAAACUUCCUUCAUUAUUUUAGUUGUAACGUUACAGCAAAACAAACAAAAAAUCUAGCUAAAAAGAAACCCCGGACCGAAUAAAGUCGUUUGAUCUGUCAAAUAA